GCGUGGAGCCCAGAGCUGGACCUCUGCAUUGCUGGCUCCAAGCUCUCCCUUGUUGGUCUUAUAUGUGGCUUGUCCUCUCAGACCCAAGGCAAAGCAAGGGUUUCAGUUGGCCAAAUCUUUCAUGCACACCCGAAAUUAAAGUUGUCAUCUUAAACUCCCUUGUCUCUACUCUUCAACAAUUUCAUCCUCUGCAUAGCACUAACUGGUUAGAUAGCGGAAAACACCUACAAAAGUAACCCACUUCUGCUUUUUUUUUCCUCUUGAUUUGAUGGAUCCACAGAUCUAAUGCUUUCAUCCACACUUAUCUUUCUUCUCCCUUCCAGAUCAUUCUCUUCUUCAACUCGGGCAUUCAAUAGCUAAUCAAUAGUCAAACUAUUGGUGGAUCGUCAUUAUUGUGGUGAAAAGUUCCGGGCUGUCUCAAUCGUGACUGAAAAUUCUGAGGGCGAAGUAGUUUAUCGAUCGUUAAUAGAUGUGGAAACUCUUGAAGGUUGUUUGGUGAGAUGAGGGAUGUUAUCAGAGUUGAUGAACUUUCUGAGGGCCUGCUUUCGGCCAGUUUCGCAUCGUUAUGCACGAACAGGUUCAGAUGGUGGAGGUAGACAAGAUGGGCUUUUAUGGUACAAGGACUCGGGGCAGCAUUUAAACGGCGAAUUUUCAAUGGCUGUGGUCCAAGCCAAUAACUUGCUGGAGGAUCAGAGCCAACUUGAAUCUGGCAGUUUGAGCUCCCAUGAAUCUGGCCCUUAUGGAACCUUUAUCGGUGUCUACGACGGCCAUGGAGGACCGGAAACAUCCCGAUUUAUCAACGAUCACCUGUUUCACCAUCUCAAGAAGUUCACUGCAGAGCAACAAUCAGUGUCUGUAGAUGUAAUCCGGAAGGCAUUUCAAGCAACAGAAGAAGGAUUUAUGUCACUUGUUGCCAAACAGUGGCAAAUGAAACCACAAAUUGCAGCAGUUGGGUCGUGCUGUCUUGCUGGUGUUAUUUGUAAUGGUAACAUUUAUGUAGCAAAUCUUGGUGAUUCCCGUGCUGUUUUGGGAAGAGCAGUCAAGGCAACUGGAGAGGUUCUAGCCAUGCAAUUAUCUACAGAGCACAAUGCAGCUUUAGAGCCUGUUAGACAGGAGCUGCGCUCUUCGCAUCCCGAUGAUCCACAGAUUGUUGUUUUGAAGCAUAAUGUAUGGCGAGUGAAGGGCCUUAUACAAAUUUCUAGAUCCAUUGGGGAUGUAUAUUUGAAGAAGGCUGAGUUCAAUAGAGAACCUCUAUAUGCUAAAUUUCGACUUCGUGAGCCAUUCAAGAGGCCAAUACUGAGCUCAGAACCAUCAAUAUCAGUGCACCAGUUGCAGCCACAUGAUCAGUUUGUUAUAUUUGCGUCUGACGGACUCUGGGAGCACCUUAGCAAUCAAGAAGCAGUCGAUAUAGUUCAAAACAAUCCCCGCAGUGCAAGCGCGAGGAGACUGGUGAAAGCUGCCCUUCAAGAAGCAGCGAAGAAGAGAGAAAUGAGAUAUUCGGACCUAAAGAAAAUUGACCGUGGGGUUCGACGACAUUUCCAUGAUGACAUUACUGUGAUUGUGGUAUUUCUUGACUCAAAUCUGGUCAGCAGGGCAAGCUCUGUCAAAUUCAACAAUAUAUCAGUUAGAGGGGGUGGAAUUACCCUUCCUCCUAACACGCUGGCACCAUGUGCGACGCCAACAGAGGGUGGUGGUACCUGAUUUAAGUUGUAUUUCUAUCUUUUUCUUCGUAUCAUUCUCUAGUGUGAAUACCAGGGAUCAUUAAAUAGCAACGAGAGGAGGAGGAGCGCUUGAAUUCUUUAUAUCGUGAACUGUAACUUUACUGGAAUACCACUAAUACUCGUGCUUAGUUUCUUUCCACAACUUCAAAGAACAGAAAAUAUCUUCUCAUCUGAUCUUGAUCAUUGAUUAUAAAUUUAUAUUGAGCUGCC